CGGAAAUUUAUAUUACGUCAUCAACGGUGUAGAUCACGAGAAGAAGACUACUUCCGGUAGAAAUUGUCAUCUUAUUUUGUACGCUUAUUUCGACAAUUUAUUUUUUUCUCCACCAAAAAAAUGGCACUCAGCGAUCAAGAUGUACAGAAACAGAUCAAGCACAUGAUGGCUUUUAUUGAGCAGGAGGCCAAUGAAAAAGCAGAGGAAAUUGAUGCUAAGGCUGAAGAAGAGUUCAACAUUGAGAAGGGGCGUCUUGUGCAGCAGCAGAGAGUCAAGAUCAUGGAGUACUAUGAGCGCAAGGAGAAACAGGUCGAGUUGCAGAAGAAAAUCCAAAACUCCAACCUGCUCAAUCAAGCAAGACUACGGGUUCUCAAGGCUAGAGAAGACCAUCUCAAGGCUCUGAUUGAGGAAGCCAAAAAGCAGCUGAGCAAGGUCACUGUAGACAGGGCAAAGUACAAGAAAAUAUUGGAAGGACUUAUAGCUCAGGGCCUAUUCCAGCUCUUGGAGACAGAUGUGUUAUUGAGAUGCAGGCAGACAGACCAGGAUAUUGUCAGGGAGGUUAUCCCGGCAGCUAUUGAUGCCUAUAGGAAGGCCACAGAGGGAAAGAGGGAGGUAAAGCUGCUAGUGGACACAGAGAACUACCUGCCUAAUGAAGUGUCUGGUGGUGUGGUGCUGGUGUCCCAGAGCGGCAAGUUUGUGGUGGAGAACACGCUGGAGAGCCGUCUCAACUUGAUGAGCCAGCAGAUGAUCCCCGACCUCAGAACCACGCUCUUCGGACGCAACCCUAACAGGAAGUUCACGGAUUAAUGCUGCCAAUCAUUAGGGAAUUCUUUUGUCUACUUUCCAUGUCUGGUUGCUCAAAACUUUAUGACCUGUUAAAAUAAGGGAAGUUAAUUUUUGGUUCAAGCUAUUUAAGUGACUUUUUAUACCCUUAAAUAUAAGUGUAAAUUUUUGACAAAUGUGUAUUCUCAAAUUAUGCAUAUGUUUCAUAAUUACAUUACUUUUGAAUAAAUUAUAUUUGGGACUGAAGUUAACACACUGUUACCUUAAUUGGCUGUUCAAGUUUUGAGCAUCCGGGCUUAUUCAUUUGUUAUGGCAUGUGUAGUGAAGAAAAUAUAGGAAUAUAAAAACUUCCAUUUUCACAAUUCCAUGUUAUUUGUAUUAAAUUAUAGAUGAAGAGUAUGGCUGUACACUAGAUAUUUGAUUACUGUAUAUAUUAUAGCUAUUGGGACGUGCAUUGUAUUUUGUUACUUUUAUAACAAAUCAAUGAAGUGGUGAUUGUAUUUUCGUAUAUGGCAAGAUAAUCUGAUAAUGUUUUAAUAAUGCUUAAAGAAUUCAACGAUUUCAAGCUUCUUUAAGCCUUCGUCCUAAUCAACUGUUAGAGGCAUUAUAAUGAGUUUGUACAAGAAUGAAAUACCAGUUGAUGAACAUGAGCUGUAUGCAGUGGAAAUGCUUGACGAGAAUAAAAAGGAAUAUUGUUAUCAACUUUUGUUUUUGUCUAUUCUAUUAUUAAUAUUAAUUGUGAUCAUUGUUAAUGAAACUCUAAAGCUAUAAGUAACAGGUUUACAUUAACUAGGCUGACCAUUUUUUAAAUGUUAAAAUUAGUAUGAUGUGAAAAACAUUCCUGAGUGCAGGCAGUACUACUGCAGUACUACUGGCAUAAGUGUAUGUGAUAGUAGGUUUACUACAUGUGAACAUGAAUUGAUACACAAACACACACAUUGUAUGUAAGCUGCUUAUAACAGGGUACUUGCAUAAAUAGUUUAACUGUAUGUGUGAGCAUCCUUUUGGUGUAAAUGUCAGGUGAGAUUGAAAAGUGUAACUAGUCCUUACCUAGUAGAGGCUUCUCAAUACUUUGUAUUUUCUUGAACAAAGUUGUUCUUGUGUUAUUAUGUACCAAUUUGUGAGGGGAUCAUGAAUUUGCAUGGAUUUUGAAUUUGAGUGUUAUUCAUCAUGAUUGCACCACUACAUUGAAUAGAAAAUAAAAAUAUGAAUUGUCCAUCUCUUGGGUAUUUGUAAGUCAAUUAAAAAACGGAUACCACCCCCACCGCUUGAUCUGAGGUUGUAGUCUUAUAAAUUUUAAGAUUAAAUAUUAUUGGCUUAUAUGAUAUGGUUAUAUGCUUCCUUUUUCUUACAGGGUUACAGGUUUUCACUAUUUUAAUAUUUCUUUCAUUGUAACUGCAUGGUGCGGUAUGUUGAUGCACGGAGUGUAUAUUGAUAGGAGAUGAAUCAAGUAUUUGACCCUUACUGUAGUAAAUUCAAUCUUAUGCAAAAACUAUUCAUCCGAUUUUAUUGGUUUAUACGUUAUCUUGUUGCUUAUUAAUUUCUCUUUCAAAAAAUAUAACUUUUAUUAUAUUCCCGUUGUUAUUAAUGGAUUUAUAGCGAGUUAAACACAAGAAAUACACAUUUUAAUCUAGAGUCCGUGUUUGAUGUAAUACAUGCUUUCCUCGUCAGUUUGCUGUGAUUAGAGAUUGGCUCACAUUAUAGGAAUACACACCAAUAGUGAGUCUGCUUUCCUCAUCAGUUUGCUGUGAUUAGAGAUUGGCUCACAUGGUAGGAAUUCACACCCAUAGAGAGUCUGCCUCAAAGUUUGGUCCAAAUAGUGGGCAUGUUUUCAAAUGUUAUGUAUACAAUUAUGUAUGUUUGCUUGAUGGCAUUUUACAUAUAAUUGUUAAUUUACAUUAUAUGAGCAGAAGAAAUGUUGUAGUCACAAAUCAUUACUGUGUGUUAAGUGGUGCAGAAGGUAAAUUUAAAUGUGUUUUAAUUUUCUAUGUUUGUGUCAACAUAUUAGUAGGAAUUUACUUUAAAUGAUAAACAAGAUACAAAAGUU